ACAUCACCUCUGAGUCGGACUGUGGAGUUUUCUUUUCUGGCAGGAAGGAUUUUUUUAGUGGUUCCGCGUAUUUUUUUUCACAAGCAUUUCUGUUCGGCUAGUUACGCUCGUUUCAAUCUUGCAUCAGCGUCACAGUACCUAAUGGAAAGCGAUAAGAUGGAGAUCUAUGAGUCGCUUAUUCGUUGGCUAAACGUACUCCAGUUGUCCGCCCCUCACGAAAACGUCCAGCAGCUGAGCGAUGGUGUUGCGCUAGCCCAGGCCCUGAACCAGAUAGACUCGGAAAUGUUCAGCGAAAAUUGGCUUAGUAAGAUAAAAUCGGACGUGGGACACAACUGGAGACUGAAAGUGAGCAAUUUGAAGAAAAUUAUCGAGGGAGUGUAUAUUUACUACCAGGAUAUCCUGAGCUUGAAUCUUUCGGAGGAGCUGAGACCUGAUGCGAUGAAAAUAGCUGAAAAGUGUGACGGCUUUGAACUUGGUAGAUUGCUGCAACUGAUACUCGGCUGUGCCGUCAACUGUUUAGAAAAACAGAAAUACAUCACCCAAAUCAUGGACCUUGAGGAGUCUCUACAGCGUAAUAUUAUGGCGGCUUUGCAAGACAUCGAGUACGUCUGGCAGGGAGCUUCUCCCUCGCGCAACUCGAUAAAUGCUCCUAGCUUGGACGUGAAAACGCUCCAGGAAGAUCGGGAUGGAUUGGCUCAGAAGUGCCAUGAAGCGAAUAAGAAAAUGCUGAUACUAAUCGAGGAAAAAUCGGUCCUCCAGCAGGAAAUUAAUAAACUUCAAGCUAUCAUCGAACGGUACGAAAAUCCGAACCUCAUCGGUGACGAUGGAACGUCUCUUGGACCCAUUCAGCUCGGCUCGUCGAGGUAUAACGACCUUCGUAAGAUUGUCGAUGCCCUGAAGGACGAUUUGCUGCAAGCGGAAACCGCGAGGGAUGAUUUGAAAAUGAAGUCGGCCAUGCAGGAGAAGGAGAUUGCCGAGCUGCAGGCCAAAAUCGACGAGUUACAUCCCGCGACAGCAGAAAUAGCCCAGCUCAAGGAUGAGAUCGAUAUUCUGAAGGAAGCGAACGACAAACUGAAAAUAUGUGAAACACAGCUGCAGACAUACAAGAAGAAGCUGGAAGACUACAAUGACCUCCGGAAGCAAAUCAAGAUGCUCGAAGAGCGCAGCGCCGACUAUCUCAAACAGAACAUCAUGCACGAGGAAGAGGCUAAGAAGUAUGCCGGUCUCAAAGGUCAGGUUGAGUUGUACAAGAAAGAAAUUCAGGACCUGCAUGCGAAGCUCGACUCGGAAAUGAGCAGAACCAUGCGAACGGAAUUUGAGUACAACCAACUGCACGCUAAAUUGUCCGCCGUACAAAGGGAAAAAGAGAAACUGCUUAGCGAAAGAGACGCUUUGAGAGAAACAUGCGAUGAACUGAAAUGCGGACAAGCGGCGGAAGACUCCGAAAGUGGUAACACAAUGUCCAAAGAACUGCAUUCGAACGAUGUUCGUGAGCGUAUCGAGCGGCUGGAAAAAGAAAAUAAAGCCUUGAGGGAAGGACAAGGAGGCCAGACAGCGCUCGCUCAACUUCUGGAUGACGCAAAUCAUCGCAAUGAAAAAUUACGCGAACAACUGAAAGCAUCAAACCAGCGGAUCUUACUGUUGACCCAAAAUCACAGCGACGAAAGCAGCACUAAAACUGAUAUGGAUAUCCAGCUGAAGCAAGCGCUGGAAUUGAACGAACAGCGUUCAUCACAAAUUGACGAAGCACAAUUACAAAUCACACAUCUGCACACAAAAAUUGCCAAUCUGGAAGCAACGAUCGCCGCUAAAGAUCAAGAAAUUCUAACAGCUGAUUCACGGUACAAAAAAUGUGUUGAAAAAGCCAAGGAGGUCAUAAAGACGCUCGAUCCUCGCGCAGUUAACGAGGCUCUUCUUCUGGAGAAACCUUCCCAGGAAUCGGAAGGUUCGUCGUCUUUGGUAGCAGGCAGCGGAGGUGAUGCAUCCACCCUUACUUCAGCAACUACUUCGACGCGGAUUCCGAUGGGUGUGCAAGAAGGACAACUCAUCGCAACCGCUUUCUAUCGUCUGGGAAUGACAUGUCAGCGUGAGGCAGUCGACUCGAGACUCGCGCUGCUCAGCGGACCUGGACAGAGCUUCCUCUCGCGACAGCGUCAACCGCCUGCUCGCAAACCUAUGAACAUAACGUUUGCUAAGAAGUAAAAUGUGAUCACAAUCUUCCGCAGUGGUAUGAAGUUCAAAAUGCAACAAUCCCAAGGCAUUCACUGAUGUUGCCUUAAUAAAAAAAACUGAAAAUAAGUAUUUUUAUCAAACAAUAUAUCUAGGAGUAGUUGUUAUCCUCGAUGGAGAAUAGCUUACAAAUUUAUGUUCAGAUUAUAUUUUAUUUCAUAUUUA